AUGAAGACAUCACUGCUGGCCUUGGCUGUGUGGUUACUGCUCUUCCAGCCCGGGAGGACAUUCUGGACCUCUCAGUUGAGGAAGAAUUGCUAUAAUGGCAACUACCAUAUCAGUGUCCUGAUGAUGAACAAUUCGGCCUACAAUGAGCCCUUGGAAAACUUGGAGAAGGCUGUGAAUGACGGCCUGGUCAUAGUGCGUGAGCGCCUGAGUGAAGCCGGACUAAAUGUGACGGUGAACGCGACUUUCAUGUACUCGGACGGUUUAAUCCACAAGUCAGGGGACUGCCGGAGCAGUACCUGUGAAGGCCUUGACCUGCUCAGGGAAAUCACGAGAGAACAUAACAUGGGCUGUGUCCUCAUGGGACCCUCCUGCACAUAUUCCACCUUCCAGAUGUACCUUGACACACAACUGAGCUACCCCAUGAUUUCAGCCGGAAGUUUCGGACUGUCCUGUGACUAUAAGGAAACCCUGACCAGGGUGCUGCCUCCAGCCAGGAAGCUGAUGUACUUCUUAGUUGAUUUCUGGAAAGUCAAUGAUGCUCCGUUCAAAACCUUCUCCUGGAACUCUUCGUACGUCUACAAGAAUGGUUCGGAGCCUGAAGACUGCUUCUGGUACCUCAAUGCUCUGGAGGCUAGCGUGUCCUAUUUUUCUGAGAUGCUCAGCUUCAAGGAUGUCUUGAGACGCAGUGAACAAUUCCAGGAAAUCUUAAUCGGCCGUAACAGGAAGAGCAAUGUGAUUGUUAUGUGUGGCACACCAGAAAGCUUCUAUAGCGUGAAGGCUGACAUCAAAGUGGCCGAAGACACUGUUGUUAUCCUGGUAGACCUGUUCAGUAACCAUUACUUUGAGAAUGACACCGUGGCUCCCGAGUAUAUGGACAAUGUCCUCGUGCUGACACUGCCCCCUCAGAGCCCCCCCUCAAACACCUCUUUCUCCAGACAGUUCUCACAGGGAAGAAAUGACUUUUCUCUUGCUUACUUGGAGGGAACCUUGCUGUUUGGGCACAUGCUGAAGAUAUUUCUUGAAAAUAAAGAAAAUAUCACCACUACCAAAUUUGCUCGUGCGUUCAGGAAUCUCACUUUUCAAGGUUUUUCGGGACCUGUGACUCUGGAUGACAGUGGAGACAUUGACAACAUUAUGUGUCUUCUGUAUGUGUCUUUGGAUACCAGGAAAUAUGAGAUUCUUAUGAAGUAUGACACCCAUGAAAACAAAACUAUCCCAGUGGUUACGAACCCCAACUUCAUCUGGAAGGACCACAGGCUCCCGAAUGAUGUUCCCGGGCUGGGCCCUCAAAUCCUGAUGAUCGCUGUCUUCACGCUCGCAGGGAUUGUGGUUCUGCUGCUGCUGAUUGCUCUCCUGGUGCUGAGAAAAUACAGAAGAGAUAAUGAACUUCGACAGAAAAAAUGGUCCCACAUUCCUUCUGAAAAUAUCUUUCCUUUGGAGACCAACGAGACCAGCCAGAUCAGCCUGAAGAUUGAUGACGACAAAAGACGGGAUACCAUCCAGAGACUACGGCAGUGCAAAUAUGACAAAAAGAAAGUGAUUCUGAAAGACCUCAAACACAGUGACGGCAACUUCACCGAGAAGCAGAAGAUUGAACUGAACAAGCUGUUGCAGUCGGACUACUACAACCUGACCAAGUUCUACGGCACUGUGAAGCUGGACACCAGGAUCUUUGGGGUGAUCGAAUACUGCGAGAGAGGGUCCCUCCGGGAAGUUCUAAAUGACACGAUUUCCUACCCCGAUGGCACAUUCAUGGACUGGGAGUUUAAGAUAUCUGUCUUAUAUGACAUUGCUAAGGGAAUGUCAUAUCUGCACUCCAGUAAGAUUGAGGUCCAUGGGCGUCUGAAGUCCACCAACUGCGUGGUGGAUAGUCGGAUGGUGGUGAAGAUCACAGAUUUUGGGUGCAAUUCCAUCCUACCUCCAAAAAAAGACCUGUGGACUGCCCCGGAGCACCUGCGCCAAGCCAACAUCUCUCAGAAAGGAGAUGUCUAUAGCUUUGGGAUCAUUGCCCAGGAGAUCAUCCUUCGCAAGGAAACCUUCUACACGCUGAGCUGCCGGGACCAGAAUGAGAAGAUUUUCAGGGUGGAAAACUCAGAUGGGAUAAAACCGUUCCGUCCGGAUCUGUUCCUGGAAACUGUGGAUGAGAAGGAGCUGGAGGUCUAUCUACUCGUCAAAAACUGCUGGGAGGAGGAUCCCGAAAAGAGGCCAGAUUUCAAGAAAAUCGAAAGCACACUAGCCAAGAUUUUUGGCCUUUUUCAUGACCAAAAAAAUGAAUCUUACAUGGACACCCUGAUCCGCCGUCUCCAGCUUUAUUCUCGAAACCUGGAACACUUGGUGGAGGAGAGGACGCAGCUGUACAAGGCAGAGCGGGACAGGGCUGACCGCCUUAACUUUAUGCUGCUCCCACGGCCGGUGGUAAAAUCCCUGAAGGAGAAAGGCAUCGUGGAACCAGAGCUGUAUGAAGAAGUCACGAUCUAUUUCAGUGACAUUGUUGGUUUCACAACUAUCUGCAAGUACAGCACCCCCAUGGAGGUGGUGGACAUGCUCAACGACCUCUACAAGAGUUUCGACCAGAUUGUGGAUCACCAUGACGUCUAUAAGGUAGAAACCAUCGGCGAUGCCUAUGUGGUGGCCAGCGGUUUGCCUAUGAGAAAUGGCAACCGACAUGCGGUAGACAUUUCCAAGAUGGCCCUGGACAUCCUCAGCUUCAUAGGGACCUUUGAGCUGGAGCAUCUCCCUGGCCUCCCAGUAUGGAUUCGCAUUGGAGUUCAUUCUGGCCCCUGUGCUGCUGGUGUUGUGGGGAUCAAGAUGCCUCGUUAUUGCCUAUUUGGAGAUACAGUCAACACUGCCUCUAGGAUGGAAUCCACUGGCCUCCCCUUGCGGAUCCACAUGAGCAGCUCCACGAUAGCCAUCCUGAAGAGAACAGACUGCCAGUUUCUGUACGAAGUGAGGGGAGAAACGUACUUAAAGGGAAGAGGGACAGAGACCACAUACUGGCUGACUGGGAUGAAGGACCAAGAGUACAACCUGCCAACCCCACCCACUGUGGAGAACCAACAGCGCCUGCAGGCAGAGUUUUCAGACAUGAUUGUCAGCUCCUUACAGAAGAGAGAGGCCUCGGGUGUGAAGAGCAGGAGGCCCACACGGGUGGCCAGCUACAAAAAAGGCUCCUUGGAAUACCUGCAGCUGAACAACUCAGACCACGAGAACACCUAUUUCUAG